AUGGGAAUAGAUAAUUUACUCAAUUUUAUAAAGCCUGCUUUAGUUGAAAGAUGUAUAACAUAUUAUCGUGGUAAAACAGCAGCAGUAGAUGCAAUGUCAUGGCUAUAUAGAGGAUGUUAUUCUUGUGCAUAUGAUUUAAAUCAAGACAUUUAAACAAAUGAUUUUCUUUAUUAUGUUUAAAAAAUGGUAAAUAAAAAUAUCAUUAGUCAUAGUUAAUAAUGUUAAGAGAAUAUGAAAUAACACCAAUUUUAGUAUUUGAUGGUCGUAGUUUAAGAGCAAAACAAAAAACUGAAUAAAUGCGUAAAUAAAUAAAAUAGCAAAAUUUAAUAAAAGGUAAAGAAUUAUUACAAAAUGGAAAUACAGAAGAGGCAAAAAAAUAUUUUCAAAGAUGUCUAAAAAUAAGAAAGAAAAUGAUGUAUACAACAUUUGAUGUAUUAAGAGAAUUAGAUGUAAAAUUUAUUAUAGCACCAUAUGAGGCUGAUGCUUAAUUAGCUCAUUUAAGUUUAAGUGGAUAAUGUGAUUUUGUCAUAACUGAAGAUGUAUAUAAAUUUUUAUUAUAAAUUUUAGAGUGAUUUAAUAUGUUAUCAAUGUCCUUUAAUUGUGUUUAAAUUAUAAAGCAAUGGUGCAUGUUAUGAAUUAGAAUUAUCAAAACUUAAAGAAUCUCGACCAAAUAGAGCUCAUAUUAAAAAUGAAGAUGUUAGAUAAUUUUUAGCAUUCAAAUCUGAAUAAAUGAUUGAUACAUGUAUUAUGAGUGGAUGUGAUUAUGUUCCAUCUAUUAGAGGUAUGGGAAUUAGAAAAGCUAUUAAUUUUAUAUCCAAAUAUGAAAAUAUUACUAAUGCUAUAGCCAAAAUUAAAAAAAUCAAAUAAUUCACUGAUAAAAUACCUUAAGAGUAUGAAAAAAUAAUUAAAGCAACCAGAUUGAUUUUUCAAUUUCAAACUGUUUAUUGUCCAAUUACCAAAAAAUGGAUUUAACUUAACUAAGAUAAAUAUUAAGACUUUAUUUUAUAACUUAAUGAAAAUGAUUUCUUACCUUUCGACUAAAUUCAAUAAUUAAUUGGAGAUAAAAUUCAAGAAGAUUUAUAAUAAUAAUUUUGUAAUGGAGAAUUAGAUAUUAAAACUUUGGUUUUUAGAGAAAGAGUUAAAAUCAAUUUUGAUUAAUUAUUCAAAAGAAUUGAAAGAAGAUUAGAAAAUUCUAAAUAACAAAUUAUAGAUAUUGAAACUAAACAAAGAGUGUCUUAAUUUCUAUCUACAUAAGAUAUUGAUAAUCUACCAGAAUUUAUAGAAAAACCUGCCAAUAUUUUAAAAGAAUAAUAAUUUGUACCACCUAAACGUACUUAAGUUUAAAAAGAUGAAAUUAAUAUAUUUUAAUUAUGCGAAGAAAUAUUUGAUCAAUAAGAAAAUAAUACUUAAAAGAAUUAAUAAGAUGUUGAUGAUUUAGAUAUUAUACAACAAUCUAUUGAUGAUGAUUAAGAUUAAUUUAAAACAAACUAAAAAUAAUAGUAAACUAUUGAUGAAUCAGAUUCUAAUUAGAGUUCAUCUGAAUUACAUAAUCCCUUUUCAAUAAAAUCAAAAAUAACAAACACAUAAUGCUUAAGUCAAGUAUAUAUAUUAAAGUUAUUAUUAUUAUUUUAGAUUAAAUGCAAACCUAUAUAAGAGCAAUCUACUCAAAAAAAAUAAUCAGUUAAAUCUGUAGAAAAAGUACUCAAAUAAACUUAAUCAACUAUAUUUAGUUUUGUGAAAAAGUGA